UCUAGUUAAGUGUGACAUUUAUCUAACCUCUCACUCCUAUCAAUUUUGGCAUUUUAGAUGAUAUAUAUUUUUGGGACAAAGGAUUGUGUAGUUUCUUUGAAUAAACAAAAUUCCCAAAUCUUAAUAAAAAAAAGGAACCCCCUCCAAAAAAAAAAAAAAAAAAAAGUCUGAAAAAAAUAAAAUAAAAACAAUUGGAGAGCGAGAAAGGAAGAAGGGGAGGAAAGUGAGAGAAAACAAAAAACAAAACAACUCAAAGAAAAAAAAGAAAGAAGGGGGUGGGUAAACGCAUCAUCCCAUCCCAGCCCAUCCAUACAACACCACCACCAACAACACACACAAAAAAAAUGGUUCGAAAAACCACCACAACAACCACCGUUAAUAACAACAUCACCACCACCCCUCCUAAGAAGAAAAAAGGCCGCCCUUCUCUUCUCGAUCUUCAAAAUCGCGCAAUUCUUCAACAACAACAGCAACAACUACAACGACAACAACACCAACAACAGCAACAACUACAACAACUACAACAACAAAACCCUAAUUCUCAAUCCCAUUUACCUCAAUCAAACCCUAAUUAUCGUCGCAGUCGAUCUGCUCGCCGGAUCCCCAGCUUGCCCGCCCAUUUCAUCGACGGGUCGGAUUCCGACGAUCCAUCAAACCCUAAUUCCGUUCAUUCCCAUGAUGAUUAUGAUGAUGAUGAUGAUGAUGAUGAUGUUGUUGAUGAUGAUGAUGAUGUUGUUGAUGAUGAUGAUGAGCGUGCUGAAAAGAAGGUUAAACUCGUCGUUCAAUUCCCUAAUUCCAACUUCAUCAAUGCCGCUUCUCAGGACGAAAAGGGUUCGAAAGCGACUGACAACGAAAAUGGGACAAGGAUGAAAGUCGGUCCCACAACUUCGACUUCUACUGCUACAGCAACAAGAAGUACGCCUUUGCCUGAUAAAAAGUUGCUGCUGCUCAUUCUUGAUAAGCUUCAAAAGAAAGAUACUCGAGGUGUGUUUGCUGAGCCGGUUGAUCCAGAGGAGCUUCCGGACUACCAUGAGAUUAUAGAGAAUCCCAUGGAUUUUGAGACAGUGAGGAAGAAACUUUUGGGUGGAAUUUAUUCGUUUUUGGAACAGCUGGAGGAUGACAUAAAUUUAAUUUGUUCGAACGCAAUGCAGUACAAUUCUUCUUCGACCAUAUUUCAUCGACAGGCCCGCGCUAUCCAAGAACUUGCAAAGAAGGAAUUUGAAACGUUGAAACAGGAUGGUGGUCUGAGUGAGCUACCAACUAAACCUAGGAGAGGUAGACCACCAGGCAGUAGAAAUCUGAAGAAGAUUCUUGAGAAGAGUUCGCCCCCGGAUCGUACUGUCCGUGAGUCAUCAUCUGAAGCCACACCUGCUUCUCGUGAGGAGGACACAACAAAAUCAGGCUCCUACAAUCUGAGGAAAGGACCUAGUUUAUAUCGGUUCCCUCGCUAUCUCGAAAGUUGUUUUGAUUUUUCAGGAUCUUCUUCUAAAUAUAUGUCAGCCAAGUAUGGAAAAAAGCCAUUUGGUUCUGAUGAUAGUAGGCGUGACAGUUACUACCAUCUUGGCGAAUCCGAUCCUGGCCAGGAUCCACAAUCAGUGGCUGCAUCAUUUGGAGGCUUUGAGAGGCAGUUAAUUCCAGUCGGUCUUGGCUCUGAUUAUAGCUAUGCAAGAAGUCUUGCGCAAUAUUCUGCAGGCCUUGGGCCUGUUGCUUGGAAGAUUGUCUCAAAUAAGAUUAGAAGUGUUCUGCCUCCUGGUGUAGAGUUCGGUCCUGGAUGGGUUGACGAACCUAAAGGAUCAUCAACACAACUCACUCCCUUACCAGAGAUGUUGUUGCAAUUGAAUUGUGUGUCACAGGAUUCCCUCAAGAGUGAACCACACCAUCUGUCAACAUCUUGCCCUGAAAAACUGGUGGAAUCUCGAGAAAUAAGUUCGAAUGUUGAAUGGUCUUCAGUGAGAGCUAAUGGAGUGGUGGGGUCCGGUGCCAGUCCAUCUUUGCAGAUUCAACCUCAAGGCUCUGUUCAUCCGCGCAUGAAUGGUUUCAAUGAUGGUUUUGCUUCAGGAUCUCAUUUUCAGGAGCCAAUGGCCAGGCCAACAUCAUCAUCCUCAUUGUUUAAUCCUCAUACUCUAGAUUCCAGUUCAUUUGAUGCAUCUAGAAGCUUUCAUGGUGUUACUAAUCCUGAAAAUGAUAUGGUCACCUCACAUGGCAUGCCAUAUUGGCGGAAUCUAUCCGUACAAGAAAGAUGGGAUCAUUCAUACCCAGUGGAGCUCAACAGCGGAUUUCAGGCAUCGGGGUCCAAAAGUUCGAGUUUGCCCAUCGGCUCACCUCCACAACUAGACUUAGUCUUGCAGCUUUGAAUUAUUAAUGUUAGGCUUCACUUUAGAUGUAGUCUGUAGGUAUGAUUAUUAAAAUGGCAAUUGUUUCUUGGCUGCUUGUCAGUCACAGUGCUAGUAGGAACUGGUGAAAUGCUGUACAGAUUGGUUCACCAAAGUAUUGGGUUUUGGGGUAAAUUAUACAGUUCUGAUAAUUUAGAAAGCUCUUCUCCUUUUCUUAUUUUUUAUUUCAAUUUUUUUUUCCCAAAAGAAAGCAAAAAUACUCCGAGGACUUGGGGGGAAGUAAUGCAUUGCAGACAGAGAGAGAAUGAGUUAACAUUCGUUGUACUUUGUAUCAAGCAGUUGUGUUAAAAUUUAAUAUAGGUAAUUUACAGUAGCAGAAGCUGAGCAAGAAAAUUGUUCUUUAUAUUAUUGAUGCUGGAAAAAAAUGCUCUUUAUUGAUGCAUUACUUUCAUUGGCUU